AGUCAGACCCGUAUCCACUGGAGGCGGCUGUCAGUUUACUUUUGAAGACCGGAAGUUGCAGUUUUUGUGUUUGUUAUGACUCGGGUGGGGUGACAGGUGAGGGGUUGUACUUGUGUUGACACGCCAGUGUGGUUAGGCGACAUGACCGACAGAAAGAGCCAAUCAUGAAUUCGGAAUUGGAGAAGCGCUCCUCGGCGCUGGUACCCCGGGAGAGGAGCGGACACACGGCUGUGGUGGAGGAAAACCUGCUGUAUGUGUGGGGAGGAUGUGGGAUGUCUGCUACUCCAUCCACCCGUAUACCCAGUGAUGAAAUCUGGGUACUGGACCUUGAGCGGGGUGCAUGGAAAAUGUUCAACAUGACAGGGCGAGUUCCACCCACAAUGUCAGGAGCCUGUGGCUGUUCCCUGAAUGGAGACAUGUACAUAUUUGGAGGUUAUGAUUUCAGUGGACAGACCAAUGAGAUGUAUUGUGUCAACCUGACAGACACUAAAUACAUGUCGAGAAAAAUCAUACAUCAGAGCGGCAUUGUUCCUUCACCUCGAGACAAACUGUCCUGCUGGGUUUACAAUGGAAGGAUCAUCUAUUUUGGAGGAUAUGGUGAAAAAACAACAGAUGAUGUCCGCAGAAGGAAGGACUAUUUUAUUGUUGAAGAAGAAUCAUGGUUAGUGGAUUUGAUCUGGGGCUGGAAUAACGAGGUGCACAUAUUUGACCCCACGCAUUCCAGCUGGAGUGAACCAAAGACUCAUGGGCAGGCUCCGAGCGCCCGGGCUGCCCAUGCCAGCGCCACACUUGGUCACAGAGGAUACGUUGUUGGUGGCAAAGUCAUGGAAACCAGCACAAGUGACGUUCACUGCCUCGACCUUGAAUCAUGGACCUGGUCAAAAAUAAUCCCGGUGUCCUCCUUUCCAGUGAGCAGAUCGUGGCACACACUCACCACAGUAUCAGACAGCUCCUUGUUCCUGUUUGGAGGUCUCAGUAUAGACUGCAAACCAAUGAGUGACGGGUGGUUGUUUGAUGUUGAAACGAAGGAAUGGAGAGAAGUCGAGCAUCCGUUUAAGGAUAAACCAAGGUUAUGGCACACAGCAUGCAUAGGCACAAACUCUGAUGUGAUUGUGUUUGGUGGAAGUUGUGAAUACUUCCUCGAUGUCCACAAACACCGCAAUGAUACGCUCAUUUUCCAGAUGCAGCCGUAUCCUUUAUACAUGAUUUGUGAGGAUUACAUCGUAAAAAACGUGGUGAGCAACACAGCACUCAGGACUGCGGUUUCUCUCCUACCCCAGCAGCUGCUGACAGCAGUGCAGAGGAAGAUGUGUUUUGAUGGGCCUUCGACAAAACUGCGUUAGUUCACCAGUGACGCAUCAUCAUAAACAUUCUUACAUAUGUACAGGAGUGAUAUGUUCCAAAGGGUUUAUGGUUUUAUAUGUCCUGUUUUUUACGCACACUUUUGCAUACUGAUGAAGGACAUCCUAGAAGGCACUUAAAAGUGUUGUAUCUGCCAAAAGCAUACUCUGAUGCAGAGGUAAUGCACAAAUAAGACAUAAUUAAAUAAAUUAUCCUAUUGAUGAAUAAUGGUUCAAUGUAUAACAUUGUUAAAUAAAAGAUUUCUUUACUGAAUGCCUUCACCACAGACUGUUUUGUUUGUUGAGUCCACUUUGUAACACAUUGUUUAAAUAAAAGUUCAAAUGUCA